AUGCAAAUUUAUGCACCAAAUGACGCCUUCGAUGCCUACAACGAGCACCUCCAUCUAGCGCACCACUACCUGCAGGAGAAGAGGCGCCCUCCUGAUGGGUUGGUCACCCACGCCUCUUGGUACCCACGCCCCCUAGUACCCACGCCUCCUAGUAUCCAAGCCUUCCUAGUACCCACGCCUCCUAGUAUCCAAACCUUCCUAGUACCUACGCCUCCUAGUAUCCAAGCCUCCAUAGUACCCACGCCCCCUAGUACCCACACCUACAUAGUACCCACGCCUCCUAGUAUCCAAGCCUCCAUAGUACCCACGCCCCCUAGUACCCACACCUACAUAGUACCCACGCCUCCGAGUAUCCAAGCCUCCUAG